AUGGCGAUGGACGACAUCGAGAGCUGCAGCAGCAGAUCGGUGGACUCCUCGCCGAUGCAGCCCCGGCAGCAGCGGUACAAGCUUGAGGUCUACAACGAGGUGCUCAGCCGCCUGAAGGACUGCGAGGAGGCACGCUUGCCCGGAUUUGAGGACGAGAUCUGGGCCCACUUCAAUCGCCUCCCCGCCCGGUAAUUCUCCCUCUCCUCUCUUCUUUCCUCGCGUCCCCGGUGCUCGGCCAGCGACGGGUUUCCUCAGUUUCUUGUUCAGGUUAAUCUCUCCUCCUCCUCCUCCUCCUUCAUUUGCUCCCAAUUCUGCCGGGAGGAGGGGGGAGGGGGGGGGGGGGAGAGGGAUUGAAGCAUUCUUUUCAGCCCUCUCUGUGAGAAAUUAUGCUUCCCUCUUUCUCUUUUCUUGAUCCGUCUUCUUCUUUCCGACAUAAUAUGGGCUCCAGAGUUUUACUGCAGACGACAAGCCGUCGGAGGGAACCUUCCUGUCGGUUUUUCAUCGAAUCUUGUUGGAAGAUUGAAGUGAGAAGGAUUGCUCAUCGUGCAGGUAUGCGAUGGAUGUGAACGUGGAGAGGGCUCAAGAUGUCUUGAUGCACAAGAGGCUGCUGGAGAUGGCUGCGGAUCCGGCGAACAAGCUCCCCUUUGAGAUUCGCAUUGUUCAGGUGAAAGCCCUCUUGCUCGAGUUUCACUAGUUGACUUAGUUAUUGAUCGUUGCUCAUGCCCAAUUAUGACAAAUACAGGGAUUCAUUUAAUCAGAGCAAGACAACGAAUUGACCCCCCACUACUCUUCCUUCCUGUCGGAGGGGAUGAUGGGUUUCUGUAAGAAACGUUUCUAGGAACCUUGGAUUUUACUGGGGCAUUGGGUUGGUCUCAGAAAUAUUCCUAUGGGUCCCAUGGAGAGUCAUAUGGCAACUCUCUAGGGGAUGAUGGGUUUCUGUAAGAAACGUUUCUAGGAACCUUGGAUUUUACUGGGGCAUUGGGUUGGUCUCAGAAAUAUUCCUAUGGGUCCCAUGGAGAGUCAUAUGGCAACUCUUUAGGUAAGUUUCUAGAGGUGGAAAAAUGUCACAAGUCUUCCAUUCAACCCUGACUGAUCAGUUGAUCCUCAUUCAGUGUUCAGUGAUCGAGGCAGCCCCAAAGUAGUACCCUUGGUAAUCACUUAGUUUGUGAUUUGGCGAUUGCUACUCAUUGUGAAACACUUUAAUCCGUGGUCAGAGGACAUUCUUUAAUCUUUUUGAUGAGCCACUCUGAGAAACCCAGCCAAUUUCUCUUAGUUCAUUUGGUCUUCUCUUAGUUCUUUCAUCCCAGGAAUUGAUACGCCAUAAGAAAAUAAAUUGAGACAUUUUUUUUUCUUGUUUCUGUAGGUUCCACCAGUUCAGGAUUCCUCAGAGUCCAGUUUGAAAGAGGAAGAAGAAGAUGCACAGAGUUCUACCACUCAGUUUAGUCGACGAAGGUGGCUGCCUUCUUCUGUCCUAUAUCAUCUGUUCCCUCUCUGCUUUAUUAUUCUCCACUGUACUAAAGUGAUUAAGACUUACAGCAUUCACCCUCCUCCUGCUUUUGGUUCGUCUCAAAAUCUUGAAGCCCUAGCUUCUGAAGCUAGUGGAGGACAUGUCUAUGAUGGAGCCAGCGUUGCCAAUACUAAUGGGGACUCCUCCAGGUAGAUCACUUUCUACAACUCUAUGGUUAUUACGCUUAUGUGGUGUUUAAAAUAUAGGAUGGCAUUUUUGGAAGACAACUGUUGCCGUCCCAUCCGAGGUAGGAAGUUGAUGGGGAAACAUGUCUUGACACCUAGGAAAUCUUUAGCCUUUCUGAGCUUUCACAAUGUGACCCAUUAGCGGAACUGGUUUGAGAAUCCUCCCCUUCGACUUGGAUUGUGUUGUUCAGCUGGGCACGGCAGCCACUCUUGAUAACAUUUUUAUUUUUUUUUUCGGCUGAGCACAUCCAACCAUCAAAACAGAAUGUUGGCUUCAACCCAGUGCAUCUAAGACUCUUUAAAUGAGAUUUGUAUUGGGUUUGCAUGGACAAGCCCGAUACGGAUUCUUUACAUUCUUUCCUUGUUUUGUAAAGUUUCCACUGUCUGAUUCCCUAACUUCAUUUUUACUUUGGAAUGAAGUUCGAACUGAUCAAUUAUGUUCUACUGUGUGAUGUUCUACAGGGCCAUGCACGAAAUUACUUUUGCUGCAGAUGACAAGCGGAAGCUUCUCAGUCAUGUAAUUUCCUUUGUCUCUAAUGGGCCUCAUAUUCACGAUGCAUAUCCACUGCCUUGAUCCACUAGGCUACAUCCGAUUUAGCGUUUUAUUUAACUCCAUCCGUCCUUGUGGGUGGAUGCUGUGUUUUACGACAUCACCAUUCUCUCUUAUUUUAAUUUCAUUUUUUAAUUUUUCAAUUCCAUAAAACAUCAGAGGUUUAUCCAUUUAUUCAAAAGGAUAAACAUUGAUGGCGCGAAAAUCACCAAUCUCUAAUCACGGGGAUGAUAUUUUUGGUGGAUAAUAACAGUGAAACUAAUUUAUAAGAAGAACCAAGAAAUCGAUGGUCCUUUUGAAUUUUCAACGGUUGACCUGCUUUCUUCUCCUCCUGCUGGUGGUGGAUUUUCGAUGCUCGUAUCCGCCAUCCCAUCACCAUAUCAAUUAUUGAUUAUAGACAAAUGCAUUGACGUUUUGCAGUUGACUUCUCUUUUGGGCGACAUUGGCCUCAACAUUCAAGAAGCACAUGCUUUCUCUACAAAUGAUGGAUAUUCGUUGGACGUCUUUGUUGUUGCUGGAUGGUCUGAUGAGGUAAUUUUGCAUAUUUCAAUUCGUGCUCUUAAUAAAAAUGAAUUUAAUUGUGAUUUUCUGUAA